AUGUACAUCACCCUCUUCUACCUUGUCACCCGGCUCCCUAACUCCCUUCGCUCAGUCAAGGACCACUUCCUCUCCCUUUGCCCCACCGAGCUCGCCGUUGACCUCCUCGAGGAGCGCCUCCUUGCAGCUGAGAAGAGAAUAGUCGCUGUAGGAACCUCUCGUUGUGACCCUCGUGCCCCUUUCUUUGAGGGGUGCUCCCCCGUCCCCGUUUUGCCCACUUUUACCUCUGUUGUUGCUGUCGACCUCGUUGGCACUGAGUCGGUCGGGGCUGUGACUGCUCCUAGUGGGAGGCGCCGCAGCGGCAGGAGCAAGGGGGGCAAGGGUGCUGGAGGGGACGGUGGGGGCACGGUGGUGGCGGUGGAGGCGGCGGAGGGGGUGGGGGUGGAGGUGGGGGUGGUAGCGCGAGUGGGGGCUGCGGUGGCGGUGGUGGGGGUGGAGGCGGCGGCGGCAGCGGCAGUGGGGGUGGCGGCGGCGGUGGUGCUGGUUGGGGUGGCGCUGUGCAGCGUGGAGGCUUUGGUGGUGGCUAGCGCCAGGAGCAGCAGCGUUCUUGUGAGACCCUGUCGCCCCAGCAGCUUCGUGAGUGGUACACUGGGCGUGGGAGGUCUGGGGGUGCUCGUCCCUACGUUUACGUCUGGGGUUGCUCUCUUUGAUCUUGACUAUGAUGCUAUGCUUGCUGCUAUGUAUGCUGUGACCAUUAAUGCUGAGGGUGACUGUUACCUGUGUGUUCCGCCCGACCCGGGCAUUGCGGCUGCGGCUCUAGGUGCUAGUGAGUCUGCUGCUCCACGUGCUCGUGAGUCUACUCUCUUAGGAUCCGCCGGUCCCGUCUAA